AUCCUCCCGCCUUCCCGGAGAAGGCCUGAGCAACUCCCAGACACGUCCCGGAUGCCCCCUCUCGUAUGCCAGUUCUCAGGCGCGCGGACGCGCUACUUUAAGGCUCCUCCCUCGGGCUCGAGAGGCGGCUCGGCGCAAGCGCAGUCCGCCCAAGCGGGAAGUUUACCUUCGUUGGGUUGCUGUAGCUAUUUCUUGGGCGAAAUAGCUUAUUUAUCUUUUGUCCGGGAGGGCGUUGCCGUUACAGUUGCCUUGGGCGGAGGGGUAAAAGGGCUCCGACGAUUGGCUCCCUCCUUUAUAGUUGCCUGACAGUGCCUUUCCAAAUCUCCUCAGUAAGUCCCGUUGCUUUCAAGGAGUCUUACCUUCAGGGAUGUCCAGGGUAGAAAUGGUAAGAGAUGGAAAUGGCAACACCAGUGGCACACCCAGUAUGUGGUUUGGACAGUGCCAGUAUACAGCCGAUGAGUAUCAGGCUAUUCAGGCUGCUCUGCGACAGAAACUGGGUCCAGAAUACAUCAGUAGCCGACAAGCCGGAGGAGGACAGAAGGUUUGCUACAUAGAGGGACACAGAGUCAUCAGCCUGGCCAAUGAAAUGUUUGGAUAUAAUGGCUGGGCUCAUUCUGUCACUCAGCAGAAUGUGGAUUUUGUUGAUCUAAGUAAUGGCAAGUUCUGUGUGGGUGUUUGUGCCUUUGUGAAAGUUCAACUCAAGGAUGGGGCUUACCAUGAAGAUGUUGGGUACGGAGUAAGUGAAGGCUUGAAAUCUAAGGCCUUGUCUCUUGAAAAAGCAAGGAAAGAGGCUGUAACAGAUGGAUUGAAGAGGGCGCUAAAGUGCUUUGGUAAUGCUCUUGGGAACUGUAUUUUGGAUAAAGACUACUUGCGCUCAGUGAAUAAGCUCCCCCGUCAGAUGCCUCCAGAUUUUGAUUUGGGCAAAGUUAAAAGGCAGGACUUUGAUCCUACUAUAGAGAAGGCAAGAUAUAAUAGCUGCUUGCAAAAGGCAAGUGAACAUCAGAAGCCAUUUUCCUCAUCAACCCCAGGCAAAUCUAACAAGAUCAUCUCAGGGUCUCCCUUGAAUGCUACUGAACAAGAUCAGAACAGGAUCUCACUGCCCUUGGAUUACGAUGCAACUCACCAUCGGAAGUUACGACAGAAGCAGCUUCAACAGCAGUUCAGACAGCAGAUGCAGGAGAAACAGCAGAUCCAAUCAGACGUUUCAGCUUGCAGAACUAAAGAUCAAGUAGCGUACAUUCCACCUGCCCUGGAACGCAACUCUUCUGCGCAGCCGGAACCUGUUGUGGAUGAAGAAUUCCUUGCAGAUGAUCCAGAGCUGUGGGACUUUCCUUUGGAAGCUACUGAUCGUGAAACAGCAGUGCCAGCCCAAUGCUUAGGCUCACCUCUUGGACAGCAUCCCAUGACGACUCGCACCCGAACCCCACAAAGAAUAAAUGAUCAGCGAUCGAGUAUAAAGCCCUCAUCUUGGCAUCUCUCCUCCAGUCCCAGGUCUUCCUUACCAGCUGAGUGUAGCCCAUAUCGAAAAAGCCAAGGAAUGAAAAAGAGAAGACUAGAGCCUGCGUAGAACAAGUGUCAUACUUGGGUAUGGGCGUUUUAAUUCAAACACGUUUUAGUUCAAUAAAGUUGCAGACCAAAGAAUAUUUUCUAGAUUUCAUUACAUGUAGUGCUGAACAGAAAAAAAAUGUGCAUUGCUUUUGUGGUAUUUGACUGAUGGCUUAAAAUGUCACUUCAACUCUAUAGUUAGAAUUAAAGAUUACAAUCCUAAUAUAUCAUUCCAUUAUACUGUAUGUAAUUCCAUCUUAAUAUUAAAAAGGUACUUUCUUCUCAA